AUUCAAAAGGAACUAAAGUUACAAAUAUGCCUUGUUCAAACCGAGUAACAAGGAUGACCGUAUCCCUUCGGCAAAACAUUCUCAUUAUAAGCCAAUCUAUACACAGUUCCAUUCCCAAUAUCCCAACAAAAUUUGCAAACAAACACUCACCAACAACAUUAGAACCAUUAACAAUGGGUGAUAAUCCACAGGAUGUAGCCGACCGCGAAAAAGUAUUCAAGCGUUUCGAUGCAAAUGGGGAUGGAAAAAUUUCGGCAUCGGAAUUGGGCGAGGCAUUGAAAAUGCUCGGUUCUGUUACACCGGAAGAAAUCCAACGGAUGAUGGCUGAAAUUGAUACUGAUGGUGACGGAUUCAUUUCUCACGAAGAGUUUACGAAUUUCGCUCGAGCCAACAGGGGACUAGUGAAGGAUGUGGCCAAGAUAUUCUAGUUUGUGCAUCUAAAAAUGCCGCCGGAUUUAUUCGCAACUUCUUUUUUCAAGUAAACUUUCCAUGAAAUAUGUGUUCUUCUGAAAUUUCUUAUACAAAUUGCUAUGUAAUUAAACUGUAAUCGUCAUUUUGCUUCAUGACUUCAAUAUAUAGUUAUUAAUUGAAUGUUUUGUUU